AUGCAAUCCAUUGCGGAUGCUGCAAACCAGACGAACGCGAUAUUUGCUGAGAAGGGGUGUACACAGCAGGAUGAAGGAGACCGACUUGCAUGUUUGCAGACAGUAGAUCCCUCCGAGCUCGUUACAGGGACGGUCUACACCUAUCCUGUCGUGGAUGGCACAUUUUUGACUGCUGCGGAGCUUCUGUUAGACGGGUCUGGACCCUCUGUCGACGUUGCGCUCAUGACAGGUGUCAUGGAGAACGAUGGCGACCCUUUCACCUCCUUUUCUAAAAGCUCGAACGUCUCUCAAGCGCUUACGGACCAAGGCUACGAUGCCAAUGCUAUUCUUCGCUCGGGCUUGUUCCCCCUUCCGCAAUCAGGGAACGCCACGCUGGACAUGUUCAAUGUCACCGCUCGCGUUGCAACAGAUGCAGAAUUCCGCUGCACGACCCAAUCUACUGCGUUUUCGGCGGUUUUAAAUAGAGUGUUCCCAGUGGUGUACUCAUACGAGAUCGACCGUGGUUUCCAGCUUGUCGAAUGGAGUCCCAAUCCACCCACGUGCGAAGCCCCCAAAACCCCAGAGCAUCCGCUAGGUGACCCCAGCUUGCCGUACUACAAGUGCCAUAGCGGGGAGCUGUAUUACGAUUUUGGAACGGCGAGGCGUCAAGGCCGCGAUCCGCGUGAUCAGGAUGAUAUCCCGUUCUCGCAGUAUCUGCUCGAUACCUGGACGGCGUUUGGCAGGACAAAAAAUCCGAAUCCUGAUCGGAACUUCCUGCAUGCAAGAGGGUUUGCGAACACGUCGACUGUUGUGGAAAAGGUGACGCCCUGGAAGCCGACGAGUGCGCGGGAGUUGAAGCUUAGGGUGCUUGAUAGUCGACCGAGGGAUGAGGGGUUCAGGGAGGUGAAGCAGUGCGAGGUGCUUGAGUUGCCGUUGAAUCAUUAUUUAGACUCCAGUGGACCAGCAGAGUCCUAG